AUUUUUGAAAUUGGUCGUGAGCCGCUGCCGCACACGGCGAGAGGAAUAGGGUUGCUCCCCCCGUUGCCGACUCGCCGCCGCAUCGCCGCGAGCGUCAUGAAGACCUUCCCGCUGUCCAGGGGAAGCACCAUCUCCCUAGCCCUCUUCUCCGACGUCUCCAACAGCCGGGAGCUCCUGGACUUGAUGCAGUCAGGGAAGCUGGAGCCGGCGGUCGCUCUCCUCAACGCGUCACUGGUGCCGGAUGUGUUCCCUAUCCUCGCGGCAGCGCUUAAGGCGCUGUUGUCCAAGACUAGGGAGUCACUGACCACAAGGACUCUGCACUCUGAGCUCGUCUACAACUACUCGGGGUCCAAACAUAUAACAGAGUCCCUGAAGCGCUGUGGGAUCUCUGAUAAUACAACUUACAUCCUUGCUGCUUGUUUUGAUGCUUCCGACGAGGAGAUGAAGGCAGUGGAGAAGCUCAUCAGUGGCACCGAGAUUGAUCUCACAGAACUGGAAAGAAGAGCAAACCAGCCACAGAUCUUGAAGCAUUACAAGAUACCUCCCCAAGAACUAUCGAUAUCUACGUUGCCGGACGCAAUUGUAUGCAGGAUUGCUGCUCGAGAUGCUCUCUGAAGUCUCAAUAAUCACCGUAAGCUAUGUGGUUUCAGGAUGUAGGUCUCUCUCUACCACAUGUAUGGUGUGACAUUGACAGCACAAGUGCACAACUAGAAUUAGGUAUCCGAAAUACCAUUGAUGUUCGCAUUCCCUGCAAGCAACCCAGAAGCACAUUGCGUGGUUAAUUUUUCUUGCUAAACUGUGCUGCAAAGCAACAGUUAUGUUAAUUUCUCCCUUGAAUUCGAUGAAGCUUAUAUGAUACAAUCUAGCAAAGGAAUGUAUGAUGUAUCUGA